GGCACCCAUUGCUGAGCUUGGCAAAGCUGUUCAAGAGGUGGAUACUGCAGUCAUGCUACGGAAUGUUCAAAGUCUCUUGGACGCUUCACGUGUGGCUCGGCGUGUCAGGUCUUCUAUUUGAUGGUGUUUAUUGGGCGUUCUGCGAGCACAGGGUCUUUUACAUUACAUCUUGUAAUGCUAUUUUGUACAUGCACUGUUUACGCAUCAUACGCCACUCUGUCUGAUCUUCUGCAGGGAUCGAGCGGCACCUACAGCGCUUCACUUACGCACACUGGAACAAGGAUCUCGUUUGAAGCACAUUCAUGGUGAGUAUCUUGAACGACACCUCUCAACAAUCAAUAGCCUUAAUGGCAUCCGAUCCUA